CGAAUAGAUACUCAACCUGAUCGCAUUCUAACUAACUUGGAAUAUGACUUGGAAAAGGCCUGAAAAUGUCGCUUUUCCUCAAGUUUGGUUGACCUUUGAAGCUAAAGAUCCUGAUACGGGAAAAAUUGUAAAGUAUCAUGUUCAGGAUCUUCCUGAAGAUCGUUUCGACGAAGUGUUGAAUUUGAUGUCAACUAUUUUUCUGAGAGAUGAAACAAUGUGCAGAAGCUUGGAUAUUUUAAAUGAUCCGGAUUUAAAAGGAAGAAGUGGAAAAUCAAUUUGGGAUGACAUUUUGAAACAAAAAUUCUCUUUGGUUUGCUUCAAGGAAGGCUCAGAUGAAAUUUGCGGUGUAAAUGUUCUUGAAGUUUUGGAAAAAGAUGUCAAAGGGAAUGAAAUGGAGAUUAAAAGUUCCAAAAUUCAGGCGCUCAUGAAAGCCAUGGAAUUUAUGAAAGCUCAAGCUGAUACGUACAAUCGCUACGGUGUGGAUAAAUUCCUCCACGCCAUGGGACUAUUGGUCGUGCCAAAGUAUCGCGGUUUGGGGCUCUCGACGGAAAUUCUCAAAGCAAGGGUACCUCUGGGAAGAGCUUUAGGUCUUAAACUUACUGGAACUGUGUUUACGGGGAUUGCAUCCCAGAAUACAGCAGCAAAGGCUGGAUUUGUUGAGGACUACUCGGUGCUGUAUGAAGAUAUGGGAAAGAAGGAACCUUUCGUUGAAUUUCCUAAUAUUUCUACGCCAUAUUGUAAAUUCAUGAGUCUUCGUUUGGAUUAAAUGUUGUUUGCCAUUAACACAUUUUUAGCAACCCAGUGUUGAAUAUUUUUGUUUAUCUGCAUCUUAUCUUAUCAGAGUCAUUUCAUAAUGGUAGAAGAAAAAGUUUAAAUGAGAUAAAAGUUGAAAGUCUUAUAGGAACUUUGAUUUUUUUAGAAGUCACUCUUCAGUUUCAGUUUUGUUAAAUGUCCUAAAAGUUGAAUUUUAUAGCACAAUAUGCCUUGGGAAAGACCAGAAUCCGUGACAUUUCCGCAAAUUUGGACGACUUUUGUGGCAAGAGAUCCCGACUCUGGUCUAAAUGUGAAAUACCGCAUUGAAGAUAUUCGCGAAGAUCGUUUUGACGAAGUGCUUGAUUUAAUGGCUAAUGUAUUUCUCAAAGAUGAAGUUACGUGUGUAAGCUUAGACCUCUUCAAUGAUCCGGAUUUCAAUGGAAGAAAUUUCUGGCUUGAAAUUCUAAAUAAAAAAAUCUCCGUGAUUUGCUUCAAGGAGGGUUCAGAUGAAAUUUGUGGAUUUAAUCUUUUGGAAGUCUUGGAGAAGGAUGUAGAGGAGCCUGAACCGGAGUUUAAGAGCAAAAAAGUCCAAGAUCUUCUGAAAGUUAUGAAUUUUGUGAAGGCAAAAGCUGAUACUUACAAUCGACAUGGGGUGGAUAAAUUCCUGCAUGCUAUGGGACUUUUGGUUAUGCCAAAGUAUCGCGGUUUAGGUCUCGCAACGGAAAUUCUGAAAGCUCGAGUACCCCUAGGGAAAGCUUUAGGUCUUCAAUUAACUGGAACUGUUUUUACGGGGAUUGGAUCACAGAGAACAGCAGCAAAGGCAGGAUUUAUUGAGGAUUAUUCAGUGCUCUAUGAGGAUUUGAAAAAUAAGGAACCUUUCGUUGAUUUUCCAAACAUUUCUACGCCAAAAAUGAAAUUUAUGAGUCUUCGUUUGGAUUAAAAAAAUUUUGAUUGAAAUAUAAAAAUUAUUGUUUCAAAUAUUUUUGUGAUGAAGAAAAAAUGUUUGAAAAUUUUUAUUGAUGGUAAUUUUGAGUGGAAAUUUUAUUUAAAAAAGUUAUUUAUACUUUAGCAGAGUGUUGAAUUUCCUAAUCCGUUUCUAGAAUCUUUCACACCAAGAUCAUAUGAUAAAAGGAUUAAAUAAAAUAAAAUAAAAUUUUAAUGUCUUCCUUUAGAAAUACUUAUUCUCUAAAUUAAACAUCACAUUAAUGUUCAUUGAAAUCUAUGUAAUUAAGCUGAUAAAAUACAUAAGCUGUGAGAUAA